GUCAUUGGGAAGAUGGAUUCAGUUUGGGACUCUAGUUUGUGCUGUCAGAAAGUGCCAGUCUAGAGGGCUGUGAAUGAAGAACACCAGUAUGUCUCUCUGUGGCCUCACCCCUUCCUCCUCCUGAGCCAUACUGUGGGCCUUGGAGCGCUCAACUCUAUGCGUCCUAUCUCCCCUCUCCUGCCCUCCAGGGCAAGAGUGAAGAGGCUCUCCUAAGAGGAAGCCCCAAAGCUGGAAAACACCUUGCAGGGAGACAAGGCUGAGAGGCCUGUGGAAGUCAAGGGCUACGGCUGGCAGGCGCCAGGGAGCAAGCUCCGGGGUUCUGAUGAAGGGGCAGAUGUUGAUAAACAAGAGAGUUAGGAGCCCAGCCCUAAUCUGAUCAGGCCAGGCUCUGGGGUCCACAUCCCCUCAAGUCUAGGUUAUGCUGUUGAAUCCAACCUGCCAAAUUGGAGGCUUCAGAGUCCGCAUGCAGAGAUCUCCAGGAACACUUGGACUGUGACAGGGCCUGAGGUCCCAGGUGAGGGGUGUCGGUGUGGCAGGAGUGAGGCUGAUGACAGGGACUGUGGGGCGUCCACAUGGGGGUCUUUGAUUCUCAGGUCGGCACUUUGGUGGGAGGCCCCUGUGCACACGGCCUCCUGGGUCCCCGUGCGUGGGACAAGAGUGGUGCACGCUCUGUCCUCUGAGGGUCAGGAAUAAGAAGCACUUUGUUCCUCGGAAACACAACAGUCUUUUCCUUCUCACCUUGCCACCGGAGCAGAGCUUAUGGGCCAGAGAAAACAUCAAAGAAAGCCCAGGAACUGAGAGACUUCUGGCAAGGAGGUUGGAACUAAGUGUACUGAUGACACCAGAGAGGAGGAGACCAGAUAGCAAUGUCUCUUUCCUCCCACCCAUCCAACCCCCUCAGCACAGCGGGUCCUCAAACUUAGGGGACACCACCUCCUCCCAGACUAGUCUUCACCCAGAAACCUUUCUACCUUCUUCUCACCUCUGGGCUGUCCUUGGCCUCAGGCAGGAAGAAUCCCUGAGCCCACCAGCUCAGCUGUCUUCAGCUUCUGUCCUUCUAGAGAGAAUUAUCAGGCCAGCUUGUUCCUUCUAUCCUCUCUGAAUCGUUUACCAGAAAAGGUGCUGGGGCCAAGGAUAACUGGAAAAAGCCUCUCACCCAAGGACCAGUGGAGCUCUUAUUCUCAGGUGGAAUGGCACCAGCUGUGGCCCGGCUCCUUUUCCUUCAGCUUGUUUUGGGGCAAACUCUGGUCCUGGAUAUCAAGCUGCCGAUCGCCAUCAAGAACUUCCGCAAUUUACACAUAGACUAUCCCAAGGUUAGAUACCCGGAGGGUUUCCAGGGCUACUGUAAUGGUCUGAUGGCCUAUGUGCGGGGCAGGAUGCAAGACUGGCAUUGCCCAAAGAUCCAUUAUGUGAUACAUGCCCCUUGGAAAGACAUCAGGAAGUUGUGCAAGCAUAGUGAGAACUUCUGUGAGAACUACAAUGAAUACUGCACACUCACUCAGGAUAGCUACCCCUUUACCAUCUGCUUCCUGGAUCUCAAACAGCCACCCACUAGCUGCCGCUACAAUAGCACCGAAACCAACCAAAGGCUCUACCUGCUCUGCUCCCGCAAGUAUGAUGCUGAACCAAUAGGUAUCAUUGGCUUCUACUAGGGAAUUUAAUUCCUGAGCCCAUCCCCCACCUCUACCACCAUAGGCCAGUCUGUCCUCAUUUCCAAAACUCUGAUCCCUGAAACAAGACUUCCUUCUUGACUCUGAAGCAGGCAGGGUCCCCUCCCAAGAGACUAGGUAAGUGCACUUUGAUCACUAUGCAAAGUUGUACGGUCUUCUAGGCUCUUUCCAACUUGUUUACCAUCCCCACCCCCAUCCUCCCUCUCCCAGAGACAGUAAAACCCACCCAAGAAGCUGAAUGUGUCCAGUUGGCAGUGACUGUCCACCACUGGGCCAGAUCCUAAAUCCUGGAUGGAGGCCCAGGGCCUCAGCUCACACCAUGGCAACAGGCACCAGCCCUACGUCUCACCUCCCAUCCCCACCACCAUUCUUGGCUCUGUCUUCCCCAUUUCCCUCAUAAUGCCCUCCACUCAUCCACCCGCACAAUGGGUGUCUCUAGCUGCAGGAAGCUCCCUGAGGCCCUCAGACUCACUUUGGCUUCACUUCCCCACACACUCCUCAGCUCCCAGCCUGCUCCACCCUGUGAAAUCAUAGAUUCUCCCUUCAUGUAACUAUCCUUCCCUCCCUCCUCCUACCAUGGAACCCAGUGCUGUCUCUGUCCCACAGCCUUUAGUCACCUUGCCUUCCUUUCUCCAACCUCUUUUUCUGCCAUCCUUCCCACCUUGGCUUACUUGAAUUUCAAGAUAUCUUCUCCCCUCCACCCCCUAAAAGUUCCUGCUUCCUCUCUCUUCCAGUAGCUCCUCUCAAACCCCCAGACUCCAGGGUCUGCUCCUGACCAGGCAGGGGAUGAGGCAGCCCCGCUCUGGUCAGUUUUUUGGGGAGGGCAGGGACCCUCUAGACACUGAUAGUCAUGUAAAGUUUUGAAACCACAACUCAGUUACAUGAGAUAUAACCAUUGGAGAAACUGGGUGAAGGGCACAAGAGACCUCUCUGUACUAUGUUUUGUAACCUCCUGUGGAUCUAUACUCAUUUCAAAAUAAAAAGUUAA